AUGAGCAAUCAAGAGAAUGUGUCUGCUGUCACUGUCCCGGGUAAUGUCCAUGUCAUCCAGCCUACAUAUGCUGUGGUCUCUGGAAGCCAGAGGCAGCCUUUGGAAAAGACCACCACCUACCCAGGCUCAGCAACGGUGCUCCAGUAUAACCCAGGGAGUGCAAACUUCCAGAACCCACACGUGAUCCAGAAUCCAGCUGGAGCGGCAGGCCUGCAGGCUAGGCCCCCUGGACUACAGUAUCCCGCAGCAAUGGCUGGUGUACAGACUCCACCGGGAGUAAUCCAGUACUCACCAGAAGUAACAAGUGUCCAGAUCCAGCCUGGAGACCCUCAGAAUCCCCUGAACACUGUACCCGGGCCAACACAGACCUCAAGCCAUCCCCAGUGGAACAUGUCCUUUAUGUCCUUUUCUGAUUUUAAUCCCAAGAAAUUCAUAAAUGAAGAGGUCAGAACAUUAGGGGCCAUCCAGAUCCUCAUUGGCCUAUUUCAUAUCUUCUCUGCAGUCAACCCUCUGCUCUACUCGAAUUCUUUCCUGGGGUUCUCAGGGUACCUGAUCUGGGGAGGCCUGUCUUUUAUCAUCUCUGGAUCCUUGUCCGUCUUGGCUGAAAAGGAUACCAACAGUUGUGUGGUGAACAGCAGCAUUGCUAUGAAUGUCGUCAGUUCCAUCUUUUCCUUGAUUGGUAUCAUCUUAAUCAUCGUAGAUUUGUCUAUUUCCCACUACAGCAUGGAUAAUUUUCUGAAGGCAGUCUCCGGUAGUCUCCUCCCCUUCGCCCUCCUGGAAUUCAUCCUCACCUGCGUGGUCUCACAUUUUGGAUGUCAGGCUGUCUGCUGGACCCAUUUUGAGAACAUGGCAGUGAUCCCAACCAUAUUUGGUGGCAACACAGUCAACACGACCACUGGACCUGUCAACACGACCACUGGACCUGUCAACACCACCAGCCCAAACAGUGCCACCAACAUCCCAGGCCAGCCCACUUUCCCCAGUGAUGAACAUUUAUACCAAGAUGUAGCUGGUCAUACCCAGAAAUAG